GUGGGCUUAAGCUAACCUUGAUGAUCAGUGCAAAAACCAAAACAGAAACAUCUUUAAUCCUUCGUUCAUCAAUUUCCAAACCCCACAUGUCCUUCUUCUUCUUCUAGGCCUAAACCCGCCUACUCAAAUAACCCCCCCCUUCCAUUACCAUCCUCAACGACCAUGUCAUUACCUUCACCAGCAGCAAUGUCAACAAUCCUGAUGACGAUGCUGCAAUUAACCCUAUGUAGCAUUGGCAUUGCCACUGCCUCUUACCCUCCCUUUCAACUCUUGAACGUCAAACAAACUCUUUUAGACACGAAGAUGUUAAAGCCACUCAAACCAUCUGAAUUUCAUCUACUCUCCAACGUUACCGAAACUGAUCGUCCAGGGACUUGGAAACUGAAACUCUUCCAUCGAGACAAGUUAUCUUCCAACGCUACCUCUACUUUGCACGACCAUCGCCGCCGUUUUCAAGCAAAUAUGGAAAGGGACGUGAAAAGGGUGGCAAGCCUCUUCCGUCGUCUCCCCGGCGGCGGAACCCACGAUGGUAACGCUUCUUACGAGCUGGACGAUUUUGGGUCGGAUGUCGUUUCGGGAAUGGCGCAAGGAAGUGGAGAGUAUUUCGUGAGGAUAGGCGUUGGUAGCCCUCCUAGGAAUCAGUAUAUGGUUAUUGAUUCGGGCAGUGAUAUUGUUUGGGUCCAGUGUCAACCUUGUAACCAAUGCUAUCGACAGUCCGACCCAGUUUUCAACCCCGCUGAUUCCGCUUCUUUCGCCGGCGUCUCGUGUGGAUCUUCAGUUUGUGAUCGGCUCGAGAAUUCGGGUUGCAAUUCUGGUCGGUCCUGCCGGUACGAAGUUUCGUAUGGUGAUGGAUCUUAUACGAAAGGGACUUUGGCGCUCGAAACGCUCACUUUCGGUCGAACCAUGGUUAAAAACGUGGCUAUCGGAUGCGGGCAUAUUAACCGGGGCAUGUUCAUCGGGGCAGCCGGGUUGUUGGGCCUUGGAGGUGGAUCCAUGUCACUUGUGGGUCAAUUGGGUGGUCAAACAGGUGGUGCAUUUAGCUACUGUUUAGUGAGUCGGGGCACCGAUGCAUCUGGGUCAUUGGUAUUCGGUCGUGGAGCGAUGCCCGUCGGGGCUUCAUGGGUCCCUUUGCUACGUAACCCACGAGCCCCGAGUUUUUACUAUGUUGGGCUUUCAGGUCUCGGAGUAGGAGGUAUUUCGGUGCCCAUAUCCAACGACAUCUUCCGACUCACCGAACUAGGGUUCGGAGGAGUUGUUAUGGACACAGGCACGGCCGUGACAAGGUUCCCAACCUCAGCUUACAAUGCCUUUCGCGACACUUUUAUCUCGCAAACGGCUAACCUUCCCCGUGCCUCGGGAUUGUCCAUCUUUGAUACAUGUUAUAACUUAUCGGGUUUCAUCUCGGUUCGGGUUCCAACAAUAUCGUUCUAUUUCUCGGGUGGACCGAUCUUGACCCUACCGGCAAGGAACUUUCUUAUUCCGGUUGAUGAUAUGGGAACUUUCUGUUUUGCGUUUGCUCCCUCAGGUUCCGGACUUUCAAUAAUAGGGAACAUCCAGCAAGAGGGGAUCCAAAUUUCCUUCGAUGGAGGCAAUGGGUUCGUGGGGUUUGGCCCCAAUGUUUGCUAAUUAUGUACUUGUAAAGCAAUAGUGAUGAAUAUUGCUACAUAGUUUUCUUUUUCUAAGCAUAUUCAUAUAAUUAUAAAUAUGGGUCUGAUGUUACCAAUAAGGUCAUGUGCUACUUGUCUUUAUGAUUUUGAUUGAAGUUUUGGGUUUUUUCUUCUAAUGUAAAAUAUCCCUAUAUGUAAUGUGAUUUUGUAAAGUUUAUGCAAAGAGGCAGUUAAGG